UCUUUCCUCUUCACCAGAGUCCUAACCUUAAGAGUUAUACACAGCGAAAGAGAGUGAAUUAGGAGUUGAAGAACAGAAGAUGGUUGCCAAGGUAGCACUGUUGCUUUUCCUUGUGGGACUUUCAGCCACCGUUGAAGCUGUCCGCCUUGACCCAAGCUUGAUGCUCUCACAGGUGAUAAACAAUAUUGGCGAAGCAUCAUCAUCUUCAGACGACAAUGUUUGCUGCAAUGGCUGUCUAUGCGACCGUAGGGCCCCACCAUAUUUCGAGUGUGUUUGUGUUGACACGUUCGAUCAUUGCCCUGCGUCUUGCAACUCCUGCGUUUGCACAAGGUCUAAUCCUCCACAGUGCCGUUGCACCGACAAAACUCAAGGCCGUUGCCCUGUAACAGAAUGUCGUUCUUGAAGCAAUUAAGUUCCCUUAAUAAAUAAUAAAUUGCAUAUGCAGUGUAACUUGCAUAUUGCAAUGUAUGUGAUGAUGAGGCAAAGUCACCUUAGACUUUGUUUUCAUGUAUGGAAAAUCAUGAAUAAAAUUGCUUCCUUAAGAUAAA